AUAGAAUUCUGUAUUUCUGACUUUCGACGUUCGAGCGAGAAAGGCAAGGGAACCCGUAGAAGCGCGAUCGCUGCCGCUGUUUCGCAUGCGUUCCGGGAAUUUGCACUUCGCCCCCACCUUUGUUCACCUGCUCCCCCGCUGCUUCUGCUCCAGGUCAGGUAUUUGGCCUCUUCAGAACCAUGGCGGAAUACUCCUAUGUGAAGUCUACCAAACUCGUGCUCAAGGGGACGAAGGCUAAGAGUAAGAAGAAAAAGAGCAAAGAGAAGAAGAGAAAAAGAGAAGAGGAUGAAGAAACCCAACUUGAUAUUGUUGGAAUCUGGUGGACAGUAACAAACUUUGGUGAAAUUUCAGGAACCAUAGCCAUUGAAAUGGAUAAAGGAACCUAUAUACAUGCACUUGACAAUGGUCUUUUUACACUGGGAGCUCCACAUAAAGAAGUUGAUGAGGGCCCUAGUCCCCCAGAGCAGUUUACAGCUGUCAAAUUGUCUGAUUCCAGAAUUGCCCUAAAAUCUGGCUAUGGAAAAUAUCUUGGUAUAAAUUCAGAUGGACUUGUUGUUGGGCGUUCAGAUGCAAUUGGACCAAGAGAACAGUGGGAACCAGUCUUUCAAGAUGUAAGUGCUGUUACUGUUUAUAAAAGUCCCCUGUCAGUGUAA